GGGUCAUCAGACAUUGGAUCGUCUGGCCCGACAGCAGGCAUCGGGUCACCAGGCAUGACAGCGGGCACUGGGUCAUCAGGCAUGGGAUUGUCUGGCUCGACAGCGGGCAUCGGGUCACCAGGCAUGACAGCGGGCACUGGUUCAUCAGGCAUUGGAUCGUCUGGCUCGACAGCGGGCAUCGGGUCACCAGGUAUGACCGCAGGCACUGGGUCAUCAGGCAUUGGAUCGUCUAGCUCGACAGCGGGCAUCGGGUCACCAGGCAUGACAGUGGGCACCGGGUCAUCAGGUACCGGAUCGUCUGGCUCGACAGCGGGCACUGGGUCAUCAGGCGUGAUAGGAUCA